CAUGAAAUUCUUGCUCUAUGUGGCAGCCAUCAUCGGCUUGGCCAGCGGUGCGUGUUUUGACAAUGGUGACAAGGAAAUCCAGGGAAUGUGCUUCAAACUUGUGCCGCAGAUGCUUACAUAUCAGGAUGCUCGGGAUUGGUGUCACUAUAAGAAUCCGGUGACGUCAUCAAACUUGGCCUAUGUCCCGAAUCAGUUUACCGCAAACUUCUUGGCAUCCUACGCCCGCAGUGCCUUCGGUUCAAAUGACGGAUACUUCUGGAUAGGUCUGAGCCGCACCUCCUCCAACUCCCCAUUCACAUGGGACAACGGACAACCAUUAGGCUACACAAACUUUGGUACCCAACUCGGACAAAAUUAUAUCGCCGAGAGUAUCGUAAACACUAAAUGGAAUGCUUUUGGUGCCAGUGACAAGAACUUCUUCGUCUGCAGUUAUGAUCCUGCGGCACCGCCGACCUUCUCCCCACUCCCUACUCGGAUGCCAGAGACCACUAUGAUGCCAAUGCCCACUACCACAGGUUAGUUUGAAUAGGUCAAGUUGGCUGUUAAAAAUUUGUAUGGGAAAUGUGUUGGUUGUGUGCUUCUGGUAUGCUGCUGCUGCUGCUGCUGCUGCUCAAGGAAAUCUGGGUGAGUUUGGUUUCAGAUUUAUUGAUUUUUGCUGUUGAUGUCAUAUGUAGUAUACAGUAAAAAGAUCCUGAGUUUCGACUGAGUUUUGGAGUUAUGCAGUUUUGGAGCUUUUAAAGGAAUCCUUAUCUUUGCGAUUAAUAAACGUUUUACCUU